AUGGCCGACCGGUUUCCGUCGAUUGAAGACAUUGAUUCCGGAGAGGUAGAUCUUCGCCCUGAUCCAGCUGCUCAAGGCAGCCUAGAGGAGCGUGAGAGGGCCCUGCUAGGCGAAGACGCGGAGCUCUUUGCCGCCAACGAUAGGCCUGGAGCCGCAACUGUCGAGGAUGGAAUUGAUGACUUACUGGGUGGUGACGAUGGAGACUUCGUAUCUGCUCCAAACGACUCAGCAGGGGGAGCACAAAACGAGCUGGACGACUUCGAGAGCUCCUUUCCGGCCAUCGACACACAAAAUGAGAACGUCGGCCCUGGCGGCACGAUCACAGACUCCUCGACGCCGUUCCAGAGCGCCCCAGGCUACACCAACUACACGUCCCCUCCACAGCAAGAAGAGACCGAACCCAUCCGUGAAUGGCGAGCCAAGAGAGACGCAGACAUAAAACGCCGCGACGAGGCUUCCGCCCACAAGAAGGAGGAGACCGUCUCGACCGCCCGAAAGGACAUUGACGCCUUCUAUGAAUCAUAUAACCGCAAAGUCGACAAGCAGAAGGCUCAGACCAGGACGGAGGCUGAGGAGUUUUUGGCCAAGAGGGAGGAUACAACAGCUGGAGGCACGAGUUGGGAGCGCAUUGCGAAACUCGUCGAUCUGAGCGGGAAAGGUCAAUCCGGAGGGGGAGAAGGGUCCUCGAAGAAGAUCAUGCGAGACUUGUUGCUCAGCCUUAAGGGAGAUAAGAAUGCUCCUGGUGCGGGUGGUAUUUAA